CUCCUACGGGUUACUAGCCGUACUGCCCACCAUAAAAAUGCUGCAUAUGCCGUUUUGGAGGCUAUAAAGGGAUUUCUCAGCGCUCAGAGACAGGACUAACCCAGUCUAUGCUUGUCCUUGUCGACAUGUCCCCCGUCCGAGCUGCAGCCGUCCUGCUGCUGAGCUUCUUCCUCCUCCUCGUCCUCCACGCUCCACCCAGCACAGGUCAAGAAAGCGACUGCAGCUGUAACGUUACCAACAGCCGCUGUGACGAGGCUGGAGUCUGCAGAUGUGACCCGGGGUGGGACGGUGAGCGCUGUGACCGCUGCGUGCCGAUGCCUGGCUGUCUUCACGGUUCCUGUGAGCAGCCAUGGCAGUGCAGCUGUGAGGCGGGCUGGGGGGGGCGCUUCUGUGACAAAGACCUGUUUGUGUGCUCGCAGCAGCAGCCCUGUCAGAAUGGAGCCACCUGUGUGAUGGAGGACAGCGGGGAGUACACCUGUCUGUGUCCUGAAGGUUUCCACGGCAGAGACUGUCAGCUGAAGACGGGACCCUGCCACCAGAGGAGGUCUCCGUGUAAAAAUGGCGGCCUGUGUGAGGAUGCAGACGGCUUUGCAGAGGAGCUGACGUGUCGCUGCCUGGUCGGCUUUACAGGGCCACGCUGUGAGACGGAUGUGGAUGACUGCUUGAUGAAGCCAUGUGCCAACGGCGCCACCUGCUUGGACGGCGUCAACCGCUUCUCGUGCCUCUGCCCUCCCGGCCUCACUGGACGCUUCUGCACGGUGAACCUUGAUGACUGUGCCAGCCGGCCCUGCCUCAAUGGCGGCCGCUGCUUGGACCUUGCUGGAGGCUUCCACUGCGUUUGCCGGCUGGGCUUCACCGGAACCACCUGUGAGACUGUGCUGACGGGCCACAACAACCCUGAACCCAGCUGGACCACGGUGGGCUGGGAGGGAGGAGGAGAAGAAGGAGGCUGGGUCGGACCUCAGCUCACCACUGGGGGUAAGAACCAGAGGAGCGGCGCCACCAGCAGGAAUAACGGCAGCCGUCACGGUGACAGACUGCUCAAGGUGACAGUGAGUGAGCGAGGUUCAGCCGGCCUAUCAGAGGUGCAGCUCAUCGUCCUGCUGGUGCUGGCAGGGAUGACAGUGGGCGUGGUGGUGCUGACUGCAGCUCUCGUACUGCACGGCCACUGCAGGGAUUGUCACCACGCCCCCUGCUGGCAUCUGACAUCAUCAUCACUAUCAUCAUCAUCACCACAGCAGGUAGUGAGGAAGAGCAGCCGGCAAGCACGACUGGAUGAGCACGGGUGUCAGAUCAGCUUUCUGAAUGUCUCAGAACAAGAGAAGAAGAAACUGAACACUGAGGUCAUAUAGACUAGCAGAGAGAGAGAGAGAGAGAGACUGGAGGAUAGGCUCUCUCACCCGGAGCUGCAGAGGUCACAGUAACCUGCUUUACCUUCAGGUCUGACCCGGGUCCAACUCAGCAUCAUGUGUUUAAAGGCUCACAGAUAUCAAUAUGCUGAAGAUCAUGUAUACUCAGACUUGUUCCCAACACAUGUGACGUUACCUGGAGCCUACAUCACCCACAGUGCCCCUCUUCCAUGGACAGUUCUGCAUCAGGUUUUGGAUCGGGUUAUGUUCACAGACUGUAUGAACAUGGACGUAGCCUCUGUGACGUCAACCUUUUGUUUUUGGAGAGGCGCUGUGAAAGUCACAGAGGGUGAUGACCAUGUUGGAACUCAAACUACCUUACAGUCAGUGUGGGAACAGGCAAAGAGGGUGGAUACAUUUAAUUAAAUUCAUCCCUCGUACAGUUGGCACCAAUAAAGAAAUGAGCUGCAGAGACUGAACCAUGAAUUCAGCUGUGAAAAUGGGCAUUUUAAUAUGAGCCUCAUAGGGAUUCCUGUGUUUUUGGAGCCUGCCUCAAGUGGACACUGGAGGAACUGCAGUUUUUGUCUGAUUCCACAUUGGCUCCAUUUAUCUAACACCAGAGGUUUCCACCUGCUCACAUAUCAUGGAGCUUGUAGCCUGCAGCAGAGGAGAGCAGUGGCCUUCAGAGGUCUGGACUGAGAGGUUUCACUGAAACACUUGAGUCACAACCCCUGCUGACUCGAGUGACAUCAUCUGAGGACAUAUAUCAGACUUCAAACAGAUCCCUCUUAAAACACUGAAUACUACCUUCAAAGUUGUAUGUUGUUCUGUUACCCCCGGGAACACCUGCUGAGGUGAUGUCCUUCAUCCAUGUCUGAUGUUUUGAAUGAUAACAGAUUAGAUCCUUGAAUCUUAAAUCUCCUUUUAAGCUCUUAAACUUUAAAGAUUAAACGUAAUUUUGAAUUACAAAAUGUUCGAGUAUAAAGUUUUUAGUGCGAUGAAUUCGUGAGUUGAUUCAUCACUCAGAGAAUUCAAGAAUGUAAAAGAAUGUUGUUUUUGCACUUCAGUUUUGUUUAGAUUUCACAAACCAGAUCUCAGAUAUUAAUCAGCUGGGACAUAAAGUUAAUUCACUAUGGUUAGAGCCAGAAUGGUUUCACCCUGUUCCCAGUCUUUAAUCUGAGCCAAGUUAAGCUAACUGUUGGUUAGGUUUCUUAUUGACUGACACAUAUGAGAGUAACGUGCAAAUGUUAACAUUUCAGGGAGAGGACUUCUGUCAAUGUUUAUUGCCUCCUUUGAGAUCCUUCCUACUACAAAAUAAAGCUCCUCAGAGGCCAGUUGUUUCUGCAGUUAGAGAAGCUGUAGCUAAUCUGGCACACCCAGACCAAAUCACCUGCCAGUGAAAAUGAAUAUGAGCUGUCUGAUAAGUCCAGAGAUGCCAGGGUUGGAUGAAGCUUCAAACACUGACACAUUGAGAUCAAAGACUUGUUUCCUACGGAAGCCCUGAAAAGACAUGCAUCCAUAUCUUUUAUUUACUACAUUUUCUAGUGAUAAGAAAUGUUCAAAAGUUCUCAACUGAUUUACCUCAUUAUAAUGUUUUAUUCACUUUCGUUCUGGUAAGGUCAGGUGAUCACAACUUGUACCCCAAGAGUUGCAAAACAAAUCUAGUAAUACACCUAACCUUAGUUUGGGCUAAGGAAGCAAUUCAUGUCAUGGUCUGGACUAUCACAAUCACUGCGUUUACAUAAUGUUAAAAAAAAUGAUUUAUUGUGUUACUCCAAAUUAAACUGGACUUUUGAAAAACA